GCCGUCCCGCGGCGCGGCGCGCAGCGGCCGCCAGUCGCUAGACGCUCCUGGACAUGAUGCCGACGCCGCUGCUGUCCGCGCUCCUGCUGCUCGCGGCCGCGGGGGCCUGCAUCGCCGAGGACGUCAUCCCGCCGACGCCCUUCUUGUCAUGCCCGACGCCGAAGGACCCCAUCGAGGUGCGCGUCAAGGGCUGCACCGGCGCCGUGUGCAAGGUGCCCAAGGGUCAGAUCGCCGGCAUGGAGGUGGACUUCGAAGUCGACCAGGACGUCGCGCGCCUGGACGCGGUCGUGACGGCAUACGCCCUGGGCGCCGUGCUCGAGUUCCCACUCAAGCAAAAGAACGCCUGCAAGUCGCUGACCAACGCGGAGUGCCCCCUGGACAAGUACGAGGUGGUGACCUACAAGCUGGAGCUGCCCGUCGAAUCCACUUAUCCAUCGAUAUCGCUGGUCGUGGACAUCGGUCUGAGGGACAAGAACCAGCGGUACAUGAUGUGCUACAGACUGAACCUGGCGGUGGUGGACCCAGAGUGACGCAGUGCUCGCGCAGUGGCAUCCUGGCAUCGACCCUCCCAGGCCGCGCCCAGCCGCGCCCACGCUGGCCGGCAGGCGGCACAGGUCGCGGACUGGAGUGACGGCGUGUCGAACUGAUUGCUCAAGUGAUUUGUCAUCGCGUAAGCGGGAAAUGGGCACACAAUAAUAAUAUGAAUAGUCUGAUA